UCGUAAACACGGGCAGUGGUGGUGGUAAGAACAUGGGCUCUAAAUCUACAAUGUAGGUGAUGGUAGUAACACUUAACGCUGUCAGGCGACGAAAGUAUAUCGUAUCUUUAUGUGAACAAGGUUGAUAUUCGUUGACAAGCGCCGCAUAGAUUGUCUCAGCUAAUCGGGUUCAUUUUGUUGUUAUCUACCUUACAUGGUUAGGUAGCGUUGGCUAACAUUAGCUAACCCUCAGUUACCACCCGACUACCUUUCCAAAACAACCCCAAACGUUUGUGGUUUAGACGGUGACUAAGCUCAAGGUGAGCUCGUCCCUAUCCCAGAGUCGGGAUGCCGUGUCUGGGCCCCGCAGGCAUGAGGUCCCAUCUUACAGUCCUGGCUCUUGUCCUUUGCUUCUUUCUGGGACCUUCUCCUUCAGAUGCCUACAUCUAUGCGCACUACAGCAAUAUGACCCCCAUGUCAUUCGAGGACAGAUCGGCCCUGUUUGGUAGCCUCUUGCCGAUAGAGGGUCUUAUGGGUGUUUUGGUGGAAGCCCGUCCUCAAAAUGCCUGCUUACCCAUCGACCCUCCCCCUCCCCCGCCAACUCCUGGUGAGGCCAACCUCACUAAAUACAUCGUACUCAUCCGCCGCUUUGACUGCAACUUUGACAUCAAGGUACUGCAUGCUCAGCAGGCCGGGUUCAGUGGUGCCAUUGUCCACAAUAUGUACUCUGACACACUACUUAACAUGAACUACAGCAAUGUUACCAUCGCGGAGGAAAUUGAUAUCCCCUCCGUUUUCACCAGUUACUAUGCCUCCCAAGUCUUGAAAAACUUCAUUAUUCCAGAGAAGGGGGCCUAUAUCAUCCUGAAGCCAGACUUCCCCUUCCCACUGGCCUACUAUCUUAUCCCCUUCACGGGAGUGGUUGGCAUGAUCAUCCUGGUCAUGGUUAUCAUCCUGGUUGUGCGCUGUGUUCAGUAUAGGAAGAGGCUGCGAAAGAACAGACUGACUAAAGAACAACUGAAGAAGAUCCCUAUUCACAAGUUCAACAAAGGUGAUGAGUAUGAUGUGUGCGCCAUAUGUUUGGACGAAUAUGAGGAGGGUGACAAGCUGCGAGUCUUGCCUUGCUCACAUGCCUACCACUGCAGGUGCGUGGACCCGUGGCUGACGCUGACCAAGAAGACGUGCCCCGUGUGCAAGCAGCGGGUGACGCGGCCCAACCCCGAGUUCUCCGAGUCGUCCGACUCGGACGAGGACGGCGGCGGCUCGCGCACCGACGAGGAGGAGGGCGGGGCGGCGGCGGUGGCCGCCGCCGGCGACGAGAACAGCUCCGAGCGCACGCCGCUGCUGCGAGCGUCCAACCCGGCCUCGCCGCUCGCCGGCAGCCCGUCCGUCGCCAGCUACGCCUCCACCGUCGCCACGGUCACCGCCGUCACCACGGUGACCACCGCCCAGUGCCUGGCGCACACGCCGCAGCGCGACUCGCCCCUGCUGGGCUACGACGGCUACUACUCGCCCGAGGAGGACUCGGAGCAGGAGCCGUCGGAGGAGGAGGAGGAGGAGGAGGAGGACGACACGGCCCAGCUCAUCGGCCGAGGCGCGGUAGGAGUCUGAGAGAACAGGAAGCGGCCCAAACAGCGCUAUUAAAAGCCCCCUUUUUAUUGGAGUAGCCCUAGCUGGUCUCAUUGUUUCUCAUAGGGCUGUGAUCAAAGAGGAGGAAAAGAAUAGCAAUGAGGUUUUGUUUUUAAUUUAUUUUAAUUUUUUUAAAAGAAGUCAUUUAACCCCCGCGGUUGAGGCCCCUAAACUCAUAGUGGACUCUCGUUGAUAGCGUUAAAGCUGUCGACUGUCCACUAGUAUGGCUUGUUGUUUGGGAAUGGGAACAUUAACAAAUUAAAAAUUCCAAAAUGAGGCUAUAACAGAAUCCAGUCUAACCUAUACUGUAGGCCAUCAGUGUAAAACCUGACAUGAUUUAAUUAAUGUCGCACAUAAAAUGUAAAAGUGGCAUUUCAACACCAUAUGCCUCCGAACACUCCUCUCUCCUUUAAACACACACACACACACACACACACACACACACACACACACACACACACACACACGUGUGCAUCUAGUGCAAUAUGGACUGGUGGCCAGUUUGUAUGUGUCCACUAACAUGAGUCUCCCCAACGCAGUAUGUGCAAUUGUAUCAUCUUACUCCCCGCAAAGUUUAGUGUACCCCAAAGACUUGGAAUAUAUUUGUGAUAUUCCAAUCCUGCUUAUGAAAUCAUGUUGCCAUUGUUCAGUUGGUGAUUUGCAACUGUAUUUUUUUUUUUUUUUAAAUGGCAGUAAUUGUCACUGCACCCUGUUCUAUUGCUACUGUGGAUUGAUGUUUUUUCUUUUCUUUUUUAAAUGUGAUUCCAUCUGAACCACGAUUUGGGUUCUUGUCUGGAUGUCAAACGUUGAAGCGUAACAAACUGGUUUGGGCCGAGAGAGUGUGAGGGGCAUUCAACAGGGUGCUGUAUGAGACCCAAAUCUCUUGCCCCACUUUGCACUCAUCUCUCUCUCUGUUCAGUCUUUCUCUCUUUUUUUCUCUCUCUCUCUCUCUCUGCUCUACUCUUCUCUCCCCUUCUCUCUCUCUCUCUCUCUGCUCUACUCUUCUCUCCCCUUCUCUCUCUCUCUCUCUCUGCUCUUCUCUUCUCUCCUCUGCUCUCUCUCUCACCCCAUCUAGAUUUUCUUUUAUAACUGAUGGAAUGUCUUAAGGGACACAGCAGAAUUUUAUGUUAAUUUUAUACACAGACCACACACACACUUUUACUCUGUGUGUGAAUGGUUUCUUUGUCUGGACACUAAUAAUAUAGAUGCUUCUUUGGGUCAUAUACUGUGGUUAAGUCUUUCUGUUGAUGUAUAGGUCACAUGUAAACCAACUCUCUGUUAUAAGAUCAAGUCUCUGUUCUAGUACAGUUAAAUGAUUAUUGUUACUGCCUAAAUGCACAUCUUAUACACUUGUAUUGAAGUUGUGCCUGGUUUGAAAGCUGUUUAGAGGCAGUACUACUAGUUCCCUCCAUAAUCAGUUUCCCAUCAAAAAUCAUCGCAAGCGACUUGAAUGUGUGUAGUUUCUACUCAAAUUGAUCUUUGUGAACUGAUUUUUUUUUUUUUUUUUGUCUGUAAAUACAUUUUUUCUUUAGAACAUCCUGUCAGAGGUCAUACCUUGCUGAAAGUGAAGGUGUGACAAGUCAUUGAGUGGAAUUUAAAUGGAAAUUAAAGCACAUUUAGAUAACAUGAAUAACCACCAGGUAUCUGUAGGAUACUGACAAACAUGCCCAGAAUGGGGACCAAGUUCUUGUUGAAUAACCAUUUGCAAAUGAUUUGUUUUUCCAUUUACCGUAUACGAUCAAUGUUUGUGUAUCUUUGAUGCCUACCUUUGCUGAUAUUUUCUUUAGGGGAUGUACUUUCUUUACCUUUGUGCCAUAAAAAAAAACGAUUUUACCUUUA